AGGCUCCCCCCACGUGACUCCCCUCCCCCUUAUUCUAAGCGGGCGAUAGAGGAGCGCGAACCCCGGCCCCCUAGCUACCGUUGGGGGCUCGAGACCCCUUCCCCCGCGUGACGCCCCCCCAACUGCCGUGAGGCUGCUCCCGGAUCCAGGCCUUGCUGCCUCCCGCCAUGUUACUGCGGAAAUCCUCCCGCGUUCUCGACUCCCCAGGCAGCUCCAGUUCCUCCCUGGUGCAGCCGCAGGGCAUGUGGGCCAGCCCCAGCUCCUCUGUGGCACAGGGGGAUGCGGAAAUGGGCUCCCUGCCAGCCUCCGGGGUGCCAGAUGUCCUGGACCUGAGCAGCAGUGAGGAUGGAGGUGGCUCCGACUCAGGCAGUGACUUUGAGGACACGCUCUGGAAGGGCGGCAAGCGGGGCACUAGGACCCCUCUUAGCUGCACCCUGACAGCCAAGCGACCCCGGAAAGACGCCAGCAGAGAUGGGGGUAGCCUGGCUGAGAGAAACCAGGAGCCCAGCAACCUCUUUGAGGUAGUGAGGCUGGCUAAGAGUGCCAUGGAGUCCGUGGUGGACGACUGGCUGGAGAGCUACAAGCAGAACAAGGAAGCCGGGUUCCUGGAGCUCGUCAACUUCUUCAUCCGCUCCUGUGGCUGCAAAGGUGUGGUGACCCCGGAGAUGUUCAGGAAGCAGCAAAACUCAGAGAUCAUCCAGCAGCUGACGGAGCAGUUUGAUGAGGACUCUGCUGAGUACCCACUGGUCCUGACCACUCAGCCAUGGCGAAAGUUCCAGGUGGGAUUCUGUGAGCUGGUGACAGUGCUGGUGCGACGCUGUCAGUACAGCAUCAUCUACGACGAGUACCUCAUGGACACACUCAUCUCCCUGCUCACUGGCCUCUCCGACUCCCAGGUGCGCGCCUUCCGCCACACCAGCACCCUCGCAGCCAUGAAGCUGAUGACAGCGCUGGUGAGGGUGGCGCUGGGCGUGAGCCUGCACAAAGACAACAACCAGCGGCAGUAUGAGGCUGAGAGGAACAAGGGGCCGAGCCGCAGGGCCACAGACAAGCUAGAGGCACUGCUAGAGAAGCGCAGGGAGCUCCAGGAACAGCAGGAGGAGAUCGAGAACAUGAUGAAUGCCAUCUUCAAAGGGGUCUUUGUGCAUCGCUACAGGGACGUGGUGCCUGAGAUCCGGGCCAUCUGCAUAGAAGAGAUGGGGAACUGGAUGCAGAGCUACAGCGCCUCCUUCCUGACAGACAGCUACCUCAAAUACAUCGGCUGGACCCUGCACGACAAGCAGCGGGAGGUGCGGCUCAAGUGCCUGAAGGCCCUGCAGGGGCUGUACCGCAGCCGGGAGAUGGCUGCCCGCAUGGAGCUCUUCACCAGCCGCUUCAAGGGUCGCAUGGUGUCCAUGGUCCUGGACAAAGAGUCUGAUGUGGGUGUGGAGGCCAUCAAGCUGCUGACCCUGAUCCUGCAGAACAUGGAGGAGAUGCUGACAGAUGAGGACUGCGAGGCCAUUUACCCCGUGGUGUAUGCUUCCAACCGGGCAUUGGCUGCUGCGGCCGGGGAGUUUCUUUACAGGAAGCAGUUUGACCUGGAUUGGGAAGCCGUGAAGGAGAAGGGGCGCCGUGGGGGGAGCAGGGACUUCUUUAGGUUGCUGCUGGCUUUCUUCAUUGAGAGCGAGCUCCAUGAGCAUGCGGCGUACCUGGUGGACAGCUUGUGGGACUGUGCUGCCCCCCUGCUGAAGGACUGGGAUGGGCUGACCCACCUUCUGCUGGAGGAGUCCCUGGAGGAGGCAGGCUGGGGCGACCAGCAGGAAAACGCCCUGAUCGAGAUCCUGGUGUCCAGCAUGCGCCAGGCCACGGAGGGGAAGCCGCCCGUCGGCAGGGGCCCUGGCAAGAAGGUGCUCUCAGCACGGGAGCGGAAGGCCCUGGAGGACGACAGGGAGAAACUCACUCAGUACCUCAUCCCGUUGCUGCCCCAGCUGCUGGCCAAGUUCUCAGCUGAUGCGGAGAAGGUGGUGCUCCUGCUGGCGGCGCCGUGCUACUUCAACCUCAGCCUCUACAGCAGUGGGCGGCUGGAGAAGUACCUAGAGCAGCUGCUGGCCCAGCUGCGGGAGGUGGUGGAGAAGCACACUUGCCAGGAGGUGCUGGAGGCUGCCUCCCAGGCACUGUACGUACUCUGCAACCCAGAGUUCACCUUCUACAGCCGUGUGGACUUGGCCCGCAGCUGCCUUGUGGACGCGCUGACUGACAAGUUCCAGCAGGAGGUGGCCGAGCUCCUCCAGGUCUCGUACCUGGACGAAGACGAGGUUUACAGCAUGGCUGCCACUCUGAAGCGCAUUUCCGUCCUCCACAAUGCUCAUGACCUGACCCCAUGGCAGCUCUAUGAGCCCUGCAGCCUCCUCCUCCAGCGAGCUGUGGACACAGGCGAGGUCCCCAAGCAGGUACUGGGGGGCCUCUCAGGGAGCCAGGAGCCUGGCCGCCUCCUCACAGUCGGAACCCAGGUGGUCAUCCCCAUCAUGACCUGUGUCCACUUCAGCAUUCUGUGGGAUCUGGCUCAUGUCUCUGACACCGUCCCUGCGCAGAAGGAGCUGCUGGCCCUGAAGCGCAAAGUUGCCUCCUUCUGCUCCCUCUGCCAGAGCUGCCUGAACGACAUGGACUCCAGUGUCCGAGAGCAGGCCUUUGUGCUGCUGAGUGACCUGCUGCUGGUGUUCAGCCCGCAGCUGACUCGAGGCGAGCGGGAGGCACUGGAGCUGCUGGUGUACCGGCCCGAGGUCGCCCUGCAGUCCCAGCUGGCCGGAUUCCUCAUGGAUCACGUCUUCAACCAUGCCGAGCUCGUGGGCAGUGAUGAGGAGGACAGUGAGGGGAAGAUUGAGAGGCUACACCAACGACGCAACCUGCUGGCCGGGUUCUGCAAACUCAUCAUCUACAAUGUGCUGGAGCUGAGUGCUGCCUCUGACGUCUUCAAACACUAUGCCAAGUUCUACAAGGACUACGGGGACAUCAUCAAGGAGACGCUGAGCCGGGCGCGGCAGAUUGACCGGGAUGAGUGGGCCCGCACCCUUCUCCUCAGCCUGCAGCAGCUGCUGACAGAGCUGCUGCUGCAGCAGGGCCCGGACGCAGUUUACAGUAAGGCCUUCCUGGAGAUCCGGGACCUGGCACGGCGUUUCUCCAUGUUUUUCAGCCUGCACCAGCUGCACAACCGCCAGGCGCUGGUCGCCCUGCACAAGGCUGGGAUCAAGUUUGCCUUCCAGGAGCCAGCACCCUCUGGCUCAGAGCUGGGGCCCCUCAACUUGCCCUUCCUGGAGGUGCUGAGCGAAUUCUCCCCCCGCCUGCUGCGCCCGGACAAGAAACUGCUCCUGUCCUACCUGGAGCAGACCUGCCAGGCCAGGCUCUCCCCACAGCAGAGAGGGAAGGCCUGGAAUCCACUCCUGACAUAUCGCCGCUCCCUGAGAUCCCUGGAUGACAUGGGCUCUGACGCCAGCCGGAUUGCAGCCCCCCGACCCCGGAGGAGACCCAGCGCCGCAGCCAAGAGGAGACGUCUGGAUGACUCGUCUCAGCGAGGGGAUUCCAGCCUUCAGCUGAGCAGCCGCCUGGAGACCCCGACGCUCACAUCAACAGUGCUGAAAAGGGGGCACCAGCCGGGCAGCCCAGCGCAGCUGCAGGAGGAGGAGGGUUCCGAGUUGGACUUUGUGCAGAGCCAGCCCUGGUUCAGCUCCCAGCGCUCCCGAGAAUCGCCCAGCCAGCAGCAGCUCCGGGUCCCCCGGAGCGCCUCGAGACCUGGGCUGGGCAGCAGGAUGGACAGGCUCAGCCUGAUGGAGGAGGAGGAGGAGAUGGUGAUCCAGGAGGAGAGCAGUGAUGAGGAGGAUCCCCAGGGACUGGACAGGGUGAGGGGAGCCUUGGCGGGAAGGGCUAUUGGUGAUGUGUUGAGGGCCUAUGAGCCCCGGCCUGACUGGGGCAGGCCCCUUUCACACAGCCUGGCUGGGGAUGACCCUAACGUGAGCUGCGUCCAGUGGGGUGUGUGGGGCCUGGCUCCCCACAGCCCCUUCCCCUGGGGUUCUCUCUACCUUGCAGUCAGGACUCUGGCUGCCUUGCUGGCGGCAGGAGGGGCUGGGCUUGGGGGCACAGAGGGCACUAAGGCACUGGCAUUUGCCUCUCCAGCCGCUGAUCCACUCGCACAGCUCCCAGGGCGACCAGCUCCGGGACCUCUUUGA